UGGCGUUUGGUGAAUCAAGAACUGUGAGGUUUCAGGAUGAUCUUGAGACUGAGUUGAGACUAAACAAAGAAAGUCCCAUGUCAAAGCCGGCCUAUAAGAUGAAUGGCAAACAGAUGGAUUUAUGGAAGGAAAGGGAGCUUUCUAGGGUCUUCUCUGAGGAUUAUGAUACCACAGAGAAGUUGGUAUUGGAUCCCAGGGGACCAAGAGUGAACAGAUGGAACAAAAUCUUCUUGAUAGCAUGUCUGGUUUCUUUAUUUGUGGAUCCCUUGUUCUUUUACUUGCCAGUGGCUAAGAAAGACAAAUGCAUUGAUUUAUCCCCUCGCCUCGAAGUGUCCCUCACCAUAAUUCGCUCCAUGGUGGAUGCCUUUUACAUAUUCCAGAUUUAUGUCCGGUUUCAAACUGCCUAUGUUGCUCCUUCCUCUCGCGUUUUUGGUAGAGGAGAGCUCAUUAUCGACCCUUCCAGGAUAUCAUCCAAGUAUCUUCAAAGAGACUUCUGGCUUGAUAUUAUGGCUGCCCAGCCCUUUCCUCAGGUGUUAAUAUGGCUUGUAAUUCCGAAUCUCAAGUGUUCACAAAUGAUUACUUCAAGGCAUAUACUACGCCUUGCAACCAUUUUCCAGUACCUUUUAAGGUUAUAUCUCAUCUUCCCUCUAUCAUCACAAAUCGUCAAGGCGAAGGGGGUAAUGAUGGAAAAAGCUUGGGCUGGGGCAGCAUAUCAUCUCGUGCUGUAUAUGCUGGCAAGUCAUGUUUUAGGGUCGUGCUGGUACCUCUUAGCCAUUGAAAGGCAGGAGGAGUGCUGGAAAAAAGUUUGUACUCUUCAACGCCCACAUUGCCAGUAUUAUUAUCUGGAGUGUGGCAGCGUUGGUGAUCCGGAUAGGGUAGCUUGGUUCAGAGCAAGCAAUGUCUCGGGUCUAUGUGAUCCCAACAAUAAUUUCUUUCAAUUUGGCAUUUUUGCUGAUGCGCUGACUCUGGGAAUCACGGGCUCCGAGUUCUUCAUCAAAUACUUCUACUGUCUUUGGUGGGGACUCAGGAAUCUCAGCUCUCUGGGACAGAACCUCUUGACAAGCACUCAUGUUGCAGAGAUUAAUUUUGCUGUGAUCAUAGCAAUUCUAGGCCUGGUACUUUUCGCCCAGCUUAUAGGCAACAUGCAGAUGUACCUGCAAUCGACAACCAUGAGGCUGGAAGAAUGGAGAACAAGAAGGACAGAUAUAGAGAGAUGGAUGCGCCACAGGCAGCUACCAUAUGAGCUGAAGAAAAAUGUUCGGCGACACGAGCAAUUCAGAUGGGUUGCCACACGUGGAGUUGACGAGGAAGUCAUUCUCAGAGACCUUCCUGCUGAUCUCAGACGCGACAUCAAACGUCACCUCUGCCUCAAUCUAGUCCGACAAGUACCACUAUUUGAUCAGAUGGACGAGAGGAUGCUGGAUGCGAUAUGCGAAAGGCUGAAGCCAUCUCUAUGCACCCCAGGGACAAGGCUCGUUCGCGAAGGUGACCCACUGAAUGAGAUGCUCUUCAUAGUUCGAGGUCGCUUGGAUUCACACACAACCAAUGGUGGCAGAACUGGGUUCUUCAAUUCCUGCAGAAUAGGGGCAGGUGAUUUCUGUGGCGAAGAACUGUUGCCGUGGGUUCUGGACCCUCGUCCGAGCGCAGUGCUUCCUUCAUCAACCCGCACAGUGAAAGCCAUAACCCAUGUGGAAGCUUUUGCACUCAUAGCUGAGGACCUACAAUUCGUGGCAGAUCAGUUCCGGAGGCUACACAGCAAACAAUUGAGGCAUACCUUUAGGUUUUAUUCCCAGCAAUGGAGGACAUGGGCUGCUUGCUUCAUACAAGCAGCUUGGUUUAACUACAAGAGGAGAAGAGAGGCCAGAGAGCUCAGGAAGAAGCAGAAUCAAUUGGCUUUGUCCACUGUGUCUCCGGGUUAUACCGCCAUGGAAUACUUCUCUGCACCUCUGCAACCCCACAUGGAAUACUCCACUAAUCUCACAAGGUCUCCCCUGAGAGGUGGGAGCUUGCGAUAUGGUUCUGAUCUUGACAUUCUUGGUUCAUUGAGGAAGCCUGUUGAACCUGACUUCACCAUGCAAGAUCCACGAAGCACUAUAUGA